CCCGUUUGUCUCUCCCUCUGAAACGUCCAUUACAUUUUAUACCACUCUCACUGAAGAAAGCAAUAACACUUUUGCUUCAAUGGUGGACAAAUCGAAGAAGAGCACUAUCAGCGAAGAUGACAUGUCCGCCGUCUUGCAGAGAUACUCCUUGAACACGGUCCUCGCUUUGCUGCAAGAGGUGGAUCAAGCCGCCGCCGGAGUGAAGAUUAACUGGCGCGAGGUGGUGAAGAAUUCCGCCACUGGAAUUUCCGGCGCGCGGGAGUACCAAAUGCUGUGGCGCCACCUCACUUACGGCGAACCCCUAAUUGAUCAUCUUGACAACGAUGCUGAGCCCCUCGAUGAUGACAGUGAUUUAGAGCAUGAGGUGGAGCCUUUGCCUGCUGUCGGCCGCGAAGCUUCGGUGGAAGCUGCAGCGUGUGUUAAUGUUUUAAUUGCUUCUGGCUAUCCAAAUAAUCCUCAGCCCCCAAACAACUCCACUAUUGAGGCUCCGUUGACUAUUAAUAUACCUAACACAAAGGCUGUGUGUGCUUCUUCAGAUGACUCACAUCUUUCGGAUAUAAUAAGGGGACGAAAAUGUUACAAUCUCUGUUUCUGUACCAAAACAACCACUGUCUUCAGGAGUAAGUGGUGA